AUGGUUUGCAUGAAUCAGAUUGUCCAAUUCGCCAUUCUAGGUGCAAGCCUUGCUGCUGCGAAUCCCAUUCCCGGAGAUGACCACUAUAAAACGCCAAAACCGGUCACAGUGACUGAGUAUAAGACGGAGUACAAGACGGACUACAAGACGGACUACAAAACGGACUACAAAACGGACUACAAAACGGAAUACAAGACCGCAUACAAGACCGAGUACAAGACAGUGGUCAAACCAGUCACCGAAUACAAGGAGGUCACCAAGUAUGCAACAGUGACCAAGCCUGAAUACAAGACCGAAUACAAGACCGUGACGGUAACAGACUACAAGCCGGUAACAAAAGUCGAAUACAAGCCAGUCACCGUAUUCCACACCAAGGCUGUGACUGUUACCGAGUACAAGCAUAUCACCGUCACCAAGACUGCUGUCCAUGAGAAGCCCGUCACCCACUACCAAACCAUCACAGAGCCAGGAAAGCCGUACCCUGUGCCAACCACCGUUGUGAAGGUCGAGACGGUCACUGCCAAGAAAGAAUACCCAAAGUACGAUGACGGAAAGAAGGAUGACGGGAAGUACGAUGACGGAAAAUACGACGACGGGAAGAAGGAUGAUGGAAAGUACGAUGACGGCAAAUACGACGAUGGAAAGUACGGUGACGGAAAGUACGAUGAUGGAAAGUACGAUGAUGGAAAGAAACAUGAUGGUAAUGACGGAUAUGACGGCAAGAAGGACGAUGCCCCAAAGAAGUACGAUACCAAAUAUUAG